AGGGAUUUGAAAAAAAUAUUACUUUGAAAAAUGAAAAAAAAUGCACAAAAUAAGAUGGCACUUGAACAAGACUAAUUCACUUAACCAAUUAUAGUAUAUAUGUGGUCUUUCAAUAUAUGGUGAAUUUUAAAGCAAAGAAAAUAGCCAUAAGGUGGCACAGUUAUAGCAGCAGGAUUUAUCCUGCUACAAUAGCUGAAGGACACAGAGCCAACAGAUGUUACUUGUGUAGAGGAACUACUGGUCCAGAAAAUAGAGAGAAAAAGAGGGAAAGAAGAAUAAAGGGGUAUGCCAUGGAGAGAAUAGUGUGCAGAGGGAAUAAAGAGGAAUGGAAAGUAUUGGGGAGGAAGAGAUGAAGGAACCUUCAAAGAUGGGUGACAGGUGAGAAAACAGUGAGAGGGUGAGUGAGACAGGUAGUGGGAGCUAGAAAGAGAGAGACAGAAAGAGAGUGGGAGUGAGAGAGAGAGAGAAAACUGUGUUUUGCACCACAUGCGUCUCAGUUCCCUGAAGGUGCGCUGACGGCGAAGUAGCUUCCCUACUGAGAUAAACAAAAAUAACAGGAAGAAGGAAAAAAGAGUGGAGCAUCCAAAUAUCAGAUAGAAAACAAAUAUCAGAGAGCGAGGGAGAUGUAGAAGGGGAGAGGAGAGAAAGAGGGGGAAACUGGGGCACAACCACAUUAGUGACAUGCAUUAACAUCGGCAGGCAGGAGCAAGGGAGCGCUGAAGAGAGUGAAGAAGAGGGUGGAGAAGAAGAGCGAGGAGAGGGGGAGAAGAAGUGACAAGACGGGAAAAAGUGCUGAUGGCAGAGGUGUGAUGGUGCACCCUGGCAGGACCUGAGAGUGACUCCUGCCCUUGUUUCCUCCUUCCUCUGCUUUGUCUCCAUAUCCCUUCUCUGAACCUGUCCCCUCCUCCUUCACCCUCCUCUCUCCCCUCUCUCUCAUGCUCUCUCUCUCUCAUGCUCUCUCUCUCUUUCCACAAUCAGACCAGGGAGAGCGGUGCGCCUGGGUCGCAUCUCCGUCUCUCUCUCUCUCUCUUGUUUUCUGCUAUCCCUCUGCACUCUCCCCAGCUCCUCUGAUUGUCAUUCUGCAGCUGAAAAUUCCCCGAGCUCGGCAUCAGAGGCAGGACACAGGAGAAGGGAAGACUGGUCGGGAAAGAAAUUGGGGAUCCCUCAAAGAACUGAGGAGUCCUUUGUUCUUUUCAAGCUUUUGAUGAUUGACCUGUUCCGCUGCCUCUCUUCUAUAAGGAAAGACUUAAAAUGGAAGACUUGUUGUGAGAGUAAAAAAAACAGAGGAAAAGCUUUUACAGCUUUAUUUUGCUUCACAGAACAAAGUGAUGCAAAUGGAGACCCAGCGUUUGGAAAUGAGCAACUGAAGACUUCAUCCAUUUCCAAGGAAAGAAAAAAGAACUGCAAAAGAAACAGGAGAACCUGAACAGACUUUGAAUAAAAGAGGACGAGAAGCUGUCCCAUCUGUACUUUUUCAUCUUUGUCUCGGGCUCUGAUCCCUCAACUGAAGCUCAGCCAUGCAGGUGUCCAUCGCCUGCACGGACCACAACCUGAAGAGGGGGAAUGGGGACCACAGCAAGCAAAACGCCACAAGCCCCAACGUGGUAAACCAAGCCAGGGCCAAGUUCCGCACCGUGGCCAUCAUCGCUCGCAGCUUCGGCUCCUUCACUCCACGCCACAUUUCACUCAAGGAGUCAACGGGGAAACACACUGGCAUGAAGUACAGGAACCUUGGAAAAUCAGGACUCAGAGUAUCUUGCUUAGGACUUGGUACAUGGGUGACAUUCGGGGGACAGAUAACAGACGAGGUUGCAGAGAAGCUAAUGACUAUUGCCUAUGAGAGUGGAGUCAACCUGUUCGACACAGCUGAGGUCUACGCAGGCGGCAGGGCCGAAAUCAUUCUAGGAAACAUUAUCAAGAAGAAAUGCUGGAGGCGAUCCAGCUUGGUCAUCACAACUAAACUCUACUGGGGAGGAAAAGCAGAGACAGAGAGAGGACUGUCAAGGAAACACAUUAUUGAAGGUCUAAAAGGCUCUCUACAAAGGAUGCAGUUGGAGUAUGUAGAUGUAGUUUUUGCCAACCGCCCUGACAGCAAUACUCCCAUGGAGGAGAUUGUUCGGGCCAUGACCUAUGUGAUCAACCAAGGCAUGGCAAUGUACUGGGGGACAUCUCGGUGGACGGCCAUGGAGAUCAUGGAAGCAUAUUCGGUGGCAAGGCAGUUCAAUCUGAUCCCGCCAGUGUGUGAGCAGGCAGAGUAUCAUCUCUUCCAGAGGGAGAAAGUUGAAGUGCAACUGCCUGAACUUUACCACAAGAUAGGAGUUGGGGCGAUGACGUGGUCACCGCUGGCGUGCGGCAUCAUCACAGGAAAAUAUGAAAAUGGCAUUCCUGAAUCUUCCAGGGCCUCCAUGAAGUCGUAUCAGUGGUUGAAGGAGAAAAUAGUAAGUGAGGAUGGAAGGAAGCAACAAGCCAAGCUGAAAGAGCUCAACCACAUUGCAGAGAAGCUGGGCUGCACUCUGCCUCAACUGGCCGUGGCGUGGUGUCUAAGAAAUGAAGGAGUGAGCUCAGUUCUUUUGGGAACAUCCAACCCUGAACAGCUCACUGAGAACCUCGGGGCCAUACAGGUCCUUCCUAAGAUGACGUCUCAUGUGGUGUCUGAAAUCGACCACAUCCUGGGCAACAGACCGUACAGUAAGAAGGACUACCGCUCUUAGACCAGGCUGAUGGACUACCGAGAGGUCAGCCUACCUACUCACUUACCUACGUAACCAUAGUGCUACCAUGGACCCACCGUUCAAUGUUAAAGUCCAUGGUUCUCCCCUUGGGCCCCACUCAGCUCCAGCGCCAGCCCACUUCAGUCUGGAACAGACAGCCUUGUUAGGCCCAGCAAUGCAUACCGUAACUUCAUGUGUUUGAGACUCAGAUCAGCUCUACCAGGUUCAUCUCAGGUCCAGUCCAGCUCAGCCAAGAGAGACUGCUUAAACUCAGCUUUUUGCAGCCUCACAUGCAACUUAGUCCAUUUGAGUAAAUCAGAACUUUCAGCACCGGCCCAUUCAAAUAUAACUAUGCAGAGCUUAGUCUUGCCCAUAUUACAGUUCAGAUCCAGUGCCAUGCUGACACCAUCUAGAAGAACUCCAUCCAGGGGCCUCAUUAAGACAUUCAAUUAAUUCAAUAGAUUUUUCAACCUCUAUUACAUGGUUGAUUCAUGGUAUGCUAGAACAGCUCCAAAUAGUCUGUGAUACACAUUUACAGUUGGGGUUUGAGCAGUACAGUAUGAAAAGCACGGCAGGAGUAUUUAAAGUAAAAGUGCCUUGCUCAAGGGCACCUAGAUAGUAGAUAAUUGAGACGGUUUUAUUACUUAUUCACUUUACCUUCUCACAUCCGAUGACUCAGACCCUCGAGUCUCAAGCCUUCCGCUCUAAUGUCCAGACUUCCACCCACAAGUAAUUUAAUUUAAGCACAAAAUUCAUAUUGAGCACAUAUUUUAUUCAUGAGAAUUACUGUACCACAGCUGAAUACAUCAAUGCAGGCACCUUAGACAUAUAACUUAGAGGUACCUUAGGAAAGGGGACACAAGAAGCUUUAGUCGCAUGAAUGUUCCCCAUCAGUUAGUCAGCGCUUUCAUUAAAUUGCUAUGCAGUGCAGCAAACACAAUUACCAUAUGAGCUCAAUACUCUCACCUCUUGUGUCAGAGGUACACGCUCAAAUCGUGGGAUAAAACGUCUCGGUUAUUUUCCCACGAAAUGUGAGAGUUAGCAAUGACAAAGUGACCUGCUUACACUUCUUGAAAAAAGAGCUUUAUGAAUGAGGCCUCAACAAACCAGUUCCCUAUUAGCUUGAAUUAGCUUUCAACUACCUACCAAAUGUACUCCCAUAUUUAGUCUAGUACAGAAAAGUAUUCAGUAGAUAUUAUAGGCUGCAAAUCCUGAGUGUAUUAACCAACAGAUGCAUGUUUCUCCUGCUGUAGUGUGCCUCUCUUUUCUUUUCUACAAAGCACAUAACUAAACAACACAAAGGAGUUUGAUCAAAAAUACUGCAAGCUCGUCUACUGUCCGUGACCGCAGAGGAACGUGGGACUCUGUUAGAGGGGAGAGUGAAGCAUGUCGCCCCCGUGUGGUCUUCUGGAAGAACUGCUGCUCUGCUUCACUAGAUUAUAGAAGAGAGAAAUAACGCUUUGCAAAAAACACAAAAAAACAACAAGGUGGACUGCUUGUCUCUCAGUUUGCGUUCAUUAUGGAGACAUUUGACUACUUUUCUGCCUGUGAACUGAACCUGCAUUGCUGAUUGCCUCAAUGAACCCUGCAGAAAAGGACAUUGCGCAUAACAAAUAUAAUAUAUCUAUGUAAUAAAAGGAUGACUGACCUCCUGGCCGGUCAUGAUUAUAAAAACUGCAAAAACUGCUUGUUAAUGGCACAAAAAGCCAUAUAGACAAGGCAUUUGGGAUGUGGCAAAGAUUACAGUAUUUAUUUUAGAGUAGUUAAUAAAUAUGAACUUUAUUUUGACAUUUUGAGAUAUUGUUUUUGUUUGGAGAAUUAUGGGGAUGUUACAUGUACAUAAAAUGUUAAAGCAUACCUUGUAACAUAAGAAAAACCAUGAAGAAGCCUCUCAUGCAUAUAAGGACUUCACUGUACUGUAUGGCUAUUAUAUAAAUAUGAUGUAAAUAGAGUUAUUUUGUUGCUCCUCUGCAGUACCACUGCAGUAGUUGCAGCGUUUUGAGUCAUUCGUGAUCCCAUCCUCCUCCAGCCUGACGUUACACUGUCACAGAAUUCAUUUCUGGCUCCUGACGGAUAUUUCACAGAACUAUUUAAAAGGAGUAAGGGUAAAUUUAGUUUUUUUUGUUUUUGCAUUGUGAAGUCAGAUUAUAAAAUAAUCUGUGUUUAAUAAUGGCAUUAUUUAAAGAUUUGGGCUUCUGUAAGUAAUGAGCUUCUGUUCAAACUUGAGCAGUGACCUUGAAUCAUUAUCUCUGACCAGGUGGCUCUCACAGUUCAUGGUUUGUCGCCUUCAUGUGUUCUUGCUCUGGUUCUUUUUCAUCUGGGAAAACAAGCCAUCACAGAUAUCAGCAGAAAUGUUGGCCAGGUUCCAGUUAGUCACUGUCUUGCCCUCUGUGUACAUUUGUUGACUUGUAGCACAAACACCCUCCAGAUGUUAAUCAAAGGAAAUAUGUAGACGUUAGCCAAAAAUGCUGUUACACAUACUGUAACGGAGCAUCGAUAAGCAGCAUUUGGCUCACGGUAUAUUUUAAAAAACUCUGGCCUUAGAUAACGAAUAGACUUCCUUAUGACUAUUUGCACUGACUUGGUGGUAAAUACAAAGGAGGGUGACCUGACCUCCACUUAGUCAUCAUUAUAAUGCAAACAAAUAGCCAUUUACUAACAAGAAAACAUCUAGAAAAGCAUUUUCCCUUAAGACAUAUUACUUACACAGUUCUUCAAAUAAGAGCAAUAUGAGGUCUACAUACUAAAAUAGUAAUUGGUCAGUGCAUACUACUAACAUGUACAGUUUGUGUGCAAGUCAACAAGUUGCUCAUCAGUUUGUCAGUGACCAUGUUGCAAUGGGGCCUGCCGGUUGUGUGUGGAGACUUCUCCGCCCGACAGAGUGCCUUGACUUGAGUCCCGUUACAGGAAAAAAUAAUAAUUCAGGGAUGUCUUUCAUUACAAGUUGUUAAAUGGUGUUUCGAUGCUGUCCUACAAACAAAGUGAGAAUAGAACAAUAUGUACGCAGAUUCCUAUAUUACUAGAUUGCCUAAUCUACAGUAUAUGUCACCUAUUACUUAAUUUGGACAAAAACCAUUGAAAACAAAGCAGCAAGACUGUCACAACAGUUUGUGUAGUUAACUUUUGGGAAAUUGACUCAAGCUUAAGUCUCACCCUACAGCUUGUAAAAGUGUAUGGCAAUGGCUGUUACGUCUUGGCCUUUAUUUAGACUGUUUCCACAAAAUAAUCUUACUGGAACAGUUCAAUCACAGAGGUGUUUUUUUUGUUUUUUUAACACCGUUGGCGUUGCUGAUGCAGUAUCUUCUCCUCCAAUCAGUUUAUCUUCAAAAGAGUCUUAACCAGCUCCACAGACUCUGCAACAAACUCAAUUGUUUUCUGUAGAGGGAAGUAAGCAAUACAAUAUUCCUAUAGGCACCAGUGAAAUGGCAUGUAAUGUAAUGCAUUGAUACAGGGAUAAUUUAAAGUUCACACCCUGGGAAAUAGGUCUGAAGGCCAAAAUGGAACCAGCUUGAAACAAUUAAGCUAUGGCUGCAUUUUCACCCCUUAAGUGAUUCAGAUAACAUGAAAAGUCCUGCACUGUGACACGUUAUCUUUAACCCAAGAUUUCCUGUUCUGGUAUGAAGUCAACCUAAAUCAAUUCUCAUAAAAAUGUCAAGUAGUUUAACCUAAUCUACAGAUAAAUGUUGUUUUCUACGACAUGUACAUUUGUGGACGGAAAAGACUUGAACAUGUGGUUUGGUUCUUUUUUUUUUUUUUUUGCUAAAGUGACAUGCAAACCAUCAGUGUAUCAUUUCUCUCCUGAACAGUGGUUUCUCUAUAAAUAGUCUAUAUGAAUAAAGUGUGAUUAUAAAUAAAUGCAUUGCCAAUGGAAA